UUAAAGGAAAUUGUCAACCACACUUUUCACACUUAAAUCAUCAGUUGUGUGCGAGUGUCUUUUAAAUGUGAGCGCUUGCCAAGAAGUCGGCACUUCACCUUCACGCACCGUUACCAGUGCACCUCAAUCCCCGACCCGGGAAUCGAACCUGCGACCGGCCGCCGUACAGAAGCUGUGGAGACGAUGGUUACCGCGGCGAUGGCUAGAACCACACUCUGUGUGUGUGUCUGCCUCUUGGCCUCUCAGGUCGCGACGUCUCAUGUCCCCGAAAAGAUUAACAGAACCAUCCAUAGCCUUCUGCAGCACUAUAAGAUUCCGGCCAGAGAACGUUUUAACGGCCGACCCGUCUUCUCCAGAGAUCUCCUCGGCACCAAACUGGAGGCCAAGGAAGUGCUGAUGUCGGCGGCGCUGCAGACUUACGAGGAGGUGAUCCAACGCAUGCUGAAGGAACUUCCUGCCGACGAGAGCGUGGAUGUGCGCGCUGACCUGAGCUACGUCCUGGAGCGCGUGCAGCAUCUGAGGAGGUUCCGCUUCCAGGAACAGGACAAGCUCCUGGAGGGCCUUCAAACGUUCCAACACAUCCAGGUGGACAAUGAGCUGAUCCGGAGCAAAGCAUUGUGGGAGCUGCCGUGGCUCUACGAGGAGGCCAGCUCCUUGGCGAACAAGCGACGCCAACGGCGCCGCAGAAAGGCAAAAUGGCCCAGAACCUUCCAGACCGAAAGCGAAACUCACUGA